AUGGAACAGAAAUUAAAGCUGCUUGUUUGCGGUGAUGUUCGCGGUAAGCUGAAGUCGUUUUUCGCGCGCAUUGAAAACGUAAACAAAAAGAGCGGCCCGUUCGAUUUGGUAUUGUGCGUGGGUGAUUUUUUUGGCUCAAACUCCGAAAUUGACGUCCUGCAAGAGUACAAAAGAAACGUUAAGACCGUCGCUGCACCAGUGUACAUUCUCGGUCCUACUGCAAAGCAGUUGACACAAUACUACGAGGAAACACGGGAUGGAGAUAUUUGUACAAAUCUUAGUUACCUCGGGAAGCGUGGCGUUUAUACGACAGCCGGUGGACUAAAAAUUGCCUACCUUAGUGGUACCGCAAGCUCACAAAAUUCUUCCGAAGCUGGCGAAUGGACAUACACUAAGGCAGAUGCCAUUGCGGUACGAGAUUCCUGCCUAGCAAGUAAGGCAAACAUGGGUGAUUUCAGGGGUAUCGAUAUCCUUCUUACCUCACAAUGGCCUCUUGGCAUGCGUGAGAACGUGAAAGACAGCUGCAAGUUAGUUUCGUGGCUGGCCGAUGCCAUUAAACCACGGUAUCAUUUCUGUGGGAUAAAUGACGAAUUUUAUGAAUCGCCACCGUAUCGAAAUCUUCCAGAUAAAAACACUCAAAUGGAACUGGCAACCCGCUUCGUAGGUUUAGCCAGUUUUGGGAAUCCCGAAAAGAAAAAACACAUCUACGCUCUGAGCAUAACACCUGUGGAGAAGAUGCGAGUGCUGGAGUUGAUCCAAAAGACUACCGACGAGAUUCAGUCGCCGUAUCAAGAACUUUCCUUAAACAUUAUGGAAAGCGAAGGCAGAAGUGACCGCGAAAAGCCGGAUGGCCAGUAUUUUUACGACAUGAAUACGUACGAUGACAAUCGACGAAACAAACGCCGGAGUAACGAACCACACCAAUGUCAAAAGCGACAGAGACCGACAUUCGAUCAGGAAACCUGUUGGUUUUGCCUUUCAGCGGGUAGCAUUGAGAAACAUCUCAUUAUAUCGGUCGGUGAUCAUUUCUAUCUAGCGCUCGCGAAAGGACCCAUCAGCGAAACGCACAUACUGAUCCUCUCGAUAACGCACAUCCAGUGCGCAGCUUUACUUUCCGAUGAGCAAUGGGCAGAACUGGUGCGGUUCAAGCAAGCCCUGACCCAGUUUUACGCCGAUCGCGAACAAAAGGUGUUCUUCUACGAGCGCAACUUCAAAACGGGCCAUCUGCAAAUAAAUGCCAUCGGUAUCGACGACAACGUGGCAUGGAAAAUACAGCACGUGCUGGAGGAUAAAGGCGAAGAGUACAGCGUUCAGCUUGAAAAGGUACCGAAAUUAGGUUCACCAGCUGAUCUCCCUGAACGAGGACCUUAUUUUGUUGCUGAGCUGCCCGAUGGAACGGUCAUGCUAACGCGGCAGAUGAAAGGCUUUCCGCUACACUUCGGACGAGAGAUAAUCUGCGCGGACAAUUUGCUGAACUGUGAAGAAAAGGCGGACUGGCGGCAGUGUAACUGUUCCAAGGAGGAGGAAGACGAAAUGGUAAAAAAUUUUAGAGAAAAUUUCAAGCCAUACGAUUUUACAGUAUGA